UUUUUUUUUAUUUCUCAUAAAUCAAAAAUGCAAGAAUUUUUACAUUAUUUGAGAACAAUACAAUUUACUUUCUCAUUCGUAUGCUUUUCAGUUGAUACCGUACUUGCAAGUAUUCCUUCGAAAGUCCCGAGUUUGGCUUGGUUUAUUCUUCCAGAUCUUAUUGCCCUUUUUUUAAGUGGAUAUUACAUAAUUACAAUCGGAAAACAAUGGAAUAAAAAUACAGCCAAUUCGGAUGUCUUUUUGAACAUAUUUUUAAUAAUAUUAUGGAUAAUUUAUGGUUCCUCAAAGGCUUAUACUUUCUCAAAGGCUUAUACUUUUUCCGAAGAUUCGAGCGGAUUUACAUUGUUAACAGUCGUUUAUGGAUGGCUUAAUGCCAUAUUAUAUAUUAUAUCAGCAACAAUCUAUGCCACAUAUUUUAAAGUGGACUUUUAACGAUUACAAAUUGUUUAUUUAUUUAAAGUGUGGCUAAAAUAAACAAAUAAUAAUUUUUUUUAAGUUUUUUUUUU